AAUUAAAAAGAGGUUCCCUUCCUCAAACGCUUAUCAUCGUCAAUCGACGCCGUAUAUUGUUGUAGACAGUUCCAUCAACUAGGGUUUUCGUCGGCCGGAAUUUCCAGAUAACCAAGGUCAAAGACUUUGCGGGUCAAGAAAUCGAACAGUUUGAGAAAGAGAAGACGAUCGCUUAGCUCUUCAGUCCAAAGAACAAAGGCAGUUUAGAGUUAUGGCAGAGACUAAACCAUUGAUUGGUCUAAAAUGGGAACCAAAGCUUCCAGGCUUAUCCUUAGACUCGACAACUGGUUCCAGUUUAAGCAAAAGAGCUGAGAGUCAUGAAAGCAGUUCGCUCUGGAUGUCUAAGUCAGAGCUUGUCGAUGGUCUUUGUCUUCCACCUAAUGAUCCAAAGAAGAUUAACAAGAUGAUUAGGAAACAAGUCAAAGAUACCACUGGUUCAAACUGGUUUGAUAUGCCUGCACCAACAAUGACUCCUGAGUUAAAAAGAGAUCUUCAGUUGCUUAAGUUGAGAACUGUAAUGGAUCCUGCUCUACACUACAAGAAAUCUGUGUCACGGUCAAAACUAGCUGAAAAAUAUUUCCAGAUUGGAACAGUAAUUGAACCAGCUGAAGAGUUCUAUGGAAGAUUAACAAAGAAGAAUAGAAAAGCAACUCUUGCUGAUGAGUUGGUGUCAGAUCCCAAAACUUCUCAGUACAGGAAGCGUAAAGUUAAGGAGAUUGAGGAGAAGAGUAGAGCUGUUACAAAUAAGAAGUGGAAGAAAAAGGGAAACCAGUCCAAGAACAAAAAGCAAAGAAGGAACUGAUUUACUUUUGUUGGAAUAUGAUCAUAGUUUGGGAUACAUUUUUCUGUUUUGAUUAGAAUAUUGAUCAUAGUGUCGUGACACACUUUCUUUUGGUGCUAUAGAUUCACAUUACCUUGUAAUGACUGUUGUUGUUUUAUGGGCUUCGUUUAAAGGAUUUGUGUUAUCCGUUAACCGAUAAUAUUUAUUUUGAAA